AUGCAGCAGACGGCGGGUGAUGAAAAUGAUGUGGGUGAGGACGACGAUGCGGCCGAGGACGAGGACGAGGACGAGGACGAUGGAGCACCAGCCGCCGAUCUUGCUCCUGAUGCACCCGAUGCGACCUUGGACAGAAGCAGGGUAUCGAGAAUCGUGGACGAUCGUACGAGUACGAUACGGCAUGGUGGGCAGAACCACCGAUGA